UCGAAUUGGAAGAACAAUGUUACGCUUUCUGCUGCUUACUUCUCUUUUUGUCUGCGUUCUUGGCGCUGCCCCACGGCUCAGACGCCCGCGUCUAGACGGCCGAAUUAUCGGCGGUGUAGAUGCAGAUAUCGAAGACUAUCCGUAUCAGCUCUCAGUCGAGUACAGCAACAGCCAUAUUUGUGGAGCUGCAAUCAUCAGCGCCAACUGGGUUGUGACGGCUGCGCAGUGCGUCGAUGGAUUGUCUCCUUCCCGCGUCCAAUUCCGCGCCGGAAGCAGCAUCAGAGGCAAGGGAGGUUCCGUCCACCUGGCAACUCAGCUGAUUGCUCAUCCUCUGUACGAUUACUACACAAUCGAUUUUGAUGUUGCAGUUGUCAGGGUGUCUGUUCCCUUCGCUUUCGGAGUUGCAGUCCAGCCAAUUUCACUGAUCAUCUCUGAACCUGCUGCUGGUGAGUACGGAGUGGUGACUGGAUGGGGAACUCUCUCUUCAGGAACGUCCGAACUUUCCACUCUUCUCCAAGCAGUGAAUGUGACCAUCGCAUCUCGUGAAGAAUGCAAUGCUGCAUAUUCCGUCUUUGGUGGCAUCACAGAGCACAUGAUCUGCGCAGGCUCUUCUGGUGGAGGAAAAGGCGCUUGUCAGGGUGACUCUGGAGGUCCUCUGGCUGUUCGUGGAGAACUGGCUGGCAUCGUAUCCUGGGGAGGUGGUUGUGCUCAAGAUUCGUACCCCGGCGUGUAUACAAGCGUUGCAAGCCUUCGUGAUUUUAUUACUGAACAAGCCGGAGUAAAGUAGAGCUAUGACGUUCAUAGACAUUACUUGCUGCACAUAACACCUUGAAGAGCACGUUGCUAAGAUAAAGUUGCUGCUGAGAAGGGACAAUUCUUUCCCAGACAGUGGUAUUACUCGCCUGUGAGUCAUGACUGUUAUAGUGUCCUAGAUGGGGCCCUUUGCAAUGUCUGUACUAGGGAUUCUUCAGGGAUUUAUCAUUAAAGUAUCUCUAAAUAUUAACGACUAUGUGUUUUUAGAGUCUGUAUGUGCAGUGUGAAAUUUAUAAUCAGUUCUUUCUUUUAAAUAAUCCAUACCAACUGUUGUCAUGAAUCUGCGAGCCAAACUGCUAAUAGAAUAUCGAAUUUACGAGUAAUAUACAAGCAUAUACGAGUAAUAUUCCCAUGAAACGGCCAUAAAGAAGUAAAAAUAUGAUAUUAUUGACUGGAUUAAUUAUUUACGUGAAGUUAGCAACAACUGGGAGGCCAUUUUGUGCACGACGAUAAAUUUCACUGUUCCAUCAGGAGCGACGAAUUUCUUGUCGAUCGAAUAUCAGCUUCUCAGAAGGAUUUCUGAGUUAGUUAGAUGACCUUAAACAGCUGAGCCAUUUAUAUAUGAAUAUUAUGUUCUAAUAACAGUAAAUAUUCCUGUCAAAUAA